AUGGAUAAAUUUGUAAUUCGCAAGGUUAAAAAAGUUGAGGAAAUUGUGGACAGUCUGCCUGAGUCAUCUGAACCGUGUACAUCUACUAAACACAAGAGCAAGACCCCUUCUGACCAAUGUAGGAAACGUCGGAAAUAUCAAGAGGAAUUCAUAAAGUAUGGAUUCACUUGCUCUACUGUCAACGACGUGGACCAUCCUCAGUGUGUAAUCUGUUCAGAAGUGCUUGCCCAUGAAAGUAUGAAGCCAGGAAAAAUGCAGAGACAUUUGGAGACAAGACACCCUGCUUGUGUUGAAAAACCUAUAGACUUUUUUCGCAGAAAAGAGAAGGAAUUACAGAAUCAAAAACGCACACUCGCACAACAAACCCAAAUUACCGCUAAUGCUCUGAAGGCAUCUUAUGAGGUGGCAUACCUGAUAGCACAGUCCAAAAAGCCACACUCGAUCGGUGAAACCUUGAUAAAGCCCGCAGCUGUGGCUAUGUGUCGGGCCAUGCAUGGCGAGAAAAUUGCAAGUGAGCUUAUGACUGUCCCAUUGUCGAAUGACACGAUUGCUCGCCGUAUUCAUGAUAUUUCAAAAGACAUAAAGAGUCAAUUGAUUAAUAGGUUAAAUGGAAAGAAAUAUGCGUUACAGCUCGACGAAUCUACAGAUGUGUCUAACUCUGCUCAGUUGCUGGCAUUCAUCAGAUACACAUUUGAUGGAAAACUGCACGAGGAAAUGCUUUUCUGCUCAGUGCUGGAGGGGACUUGUACAGGCAGUGACAUUUUCAACAAGCUGGACACCAGACUAAAAGAGAUGCGACUUUCAUGGGAUAACUGUGUUGGCGUAUGUACUGAUGGUGCAGGUGCAAUGGUAGGUAAAAAUAAGGGACUGAAGGCAAAGGUUUUAGAAGUGGCUCCUCAUGUUAAGUUUACGCACUGCAUCAUUCACCGUGAGUCUCUUGCUAGCAAAGCACUUGACAGUGAGCUUAACAGUGUUCUCAAAAGUGCAAUAAAAAUUGUAAAUCACAUAAAGUCACGUCCAGUAACCAGUAGACUGCUAGCCACCCUUUGCAAUGAGAUGGGCUCGCAGCACGAAGCGCUACUGUUUCAUACCGAAGUCCGGUGGUUAUCUCGCGGGAAGGCACUCGGCCGGCUUUACGAACUGCGUGACGAAGUGCACUCGUUGUUGAAAGAAUCUAAAUCUGAAUUCGCGCACCACCUGAAAGAUCCAGAUUGGUUAUCAAAACUUGCUUAUUUGGCCUGUAUAUUCGAAAGGCUUAACAUGCUUAAUCUUUCAUUACAAGGUCCAAACACAAACAUCUUGACAAUGAAUGAGAAAAUUGAUGCAUUUGUGAAAAAGCUGGAAAGAUGGGCUGAGCGAGUUGAACAAGGUAAUGUGGAGAUGUUUCCUGAGCUGGAUGAACGUCUGGCGGAGAAUGGACUGAGUCUUGGGAACUUGAAAACACACAUCACUGGUCAUCUCCACUGCCUUUUGGAACAAUUCCAGAAGUAUUUUCCAAAAGAGACGCAACCAGAACUGUAUGACUGGAUACGACAACCAUUCACUGAAACUAGGACUAAUCUCCCCACAAAACUGGAAGAUGCUUUGCUGGAGCUGUCCAGUGAUCGAACAUUAAAAACUUUAUUUUCCAAUUCCACACUACCUGAAUUUUGGAUCGCAGUGGCAGAAGAAUACAGAGAGUUAUCCGAUGUGGCUAUGGAUGUACUGCUUCCGUUUGGAUCUACGUAUUUGUGCGAGAAGAGUUUUUCCGCUGUCACAUACAUGAAAAAUAAAUACAGAUCACGUCUUGAUGUUGAGGACGAGUAG